GGAAGAGGCUGGUUUUGGUUAGGAGUGUCUGCUUUAAAACUUAACGAAGAGGCUGUGCCACAAUGAUUUCUACAAGUUCAGAUGGCUGUCAGUCUGAGGCACUUCUCCGUUCAUUUAUUUUAGAUGACAGCAUGUCGCCACACGUUAAAGACACGCUUGCGCUUUUCUUAAAAAUGCUCACAGAGAGCGUCAGGACCACCGUGAAGCGAACUAAGGAACGCACCCUCGAAGAGGCAUCUCACACGCUGAGAAAAAUCCCGGUUCCCCUGCUUCAGUCCCUAGAACCCAAGCAUCACCGGCGCCUGGUGCGGCUCCUGCUGGCCCUGCAGACGGAGGAGGGGAACACAUCAUCAGCCUGUCGCAAACUAGACCAGAUGAUGCAGCACUUGGGUCAGGUCGACCAGUCUUUAGUUUUUGAAGCGGUCCAACAACGUCUUCACAAAAUUCUUCAACAAGAACAGGUGUUGUCAAUAAAGGACCUUCAGAUAGUUUGUAUGUUUCUGGAGGACAGCGAAGCUGGGCGAGAAGUUUUAAGGCAAACUUGCACGUCACUGCUACAUAAACUCUCGGGGUUACUCCCUGUCAUUAUGAAAGAGGAAGCCAGCAGAAAUGGAGCUCUGUGUUAUCAGACUGUUAAGGUUUGUCUGCAGGUGUUCCAGCUAUUGCCUGAGCAAGUGUCCCAGCUCGUGUUUGAGGGUGAGGGUGAUGUUCCUAUGAGGAGGAUUCUGGGCUUCCUUAUGAAUAUUAUCCUAGGGGAGAUCUCCAGCAGAGACACACGGUUGUUGGCAGGCACUGCUGUUGCCAUGCUCAUCUCCACGGCAACAGACAGUGAAAGUGGAAGUUCAUCUUCCUGGAGUCUUCUGCAGGUUACGAGCAGAGUGCAGUGGAGUUUAACAGUAGGUAGGCUCCAGGUGGACUGUUGUCCCAGGAGUGUGGACGCUGUGGACAGGCUGGCUGUGGUCAGAGGACUACUCACCUGUUGUAGGAAGGACAUCCUCGUCAGCCGGAGCAACUGCAACACCUGUCUGCUCCUCGAUGGGCUGUUUCCUCUCAUCCCACCUUUGUGCGAUGAGAACCUGGACUAUCACUACUAUGUGUUUCAAGUGUUUACCAUGUGGCUGAAAAGCAUGAAGGAAUGUCUCCCCGAGAUCUGGGAGGUGACUGGCACACCUGUUCUUGGGGAGACCUCAAGCCUUCGACACAGACUUGCACAAAUCAUCUGGACCAAUGCAGAGAGUCCAGUAGAGGGUGUGAGUGAGUUGGUGCGUGCUGCCUUUUGUCUGUUUCUGGAGAUCUAUGAUCUGGACUGCCAGCAUUCUGGAGUCACUGAAAAAAGGCUUUAUGUGGAAUUUCUGCACAGGAUGGCAGAGCUGCCCUGGGAGUCCAAGGGCAAAUACCCACUGCUCAGUGCCCUGUUGCCCUACACGGGCACAAACACGGUUCUGGAACAGUACCCCAGUCUUCCGUCACAUAUUCUUAAGUGCCUCUCCAUCAAUCAUCUCGCUCCUUGUGCUGCUGAAAUCUACAAAUCCCUCCUUCAGGAACAGAGACGGGAGCUCACCGUUGGUCUGUUAAAAGAAGCCCCACCCACCGAGCACUGCUUGGCUGGUCACUGGGCGCUGCGAUGGCAGCCCACAGUCCUGAAAGCUCUGACCUCGGACGUAGUGUUGCUGCAGAGCAAUGCCUCCAGCUACCUCCUGCCGUGCACGGUGCGCUCCUUCCCAGGAGCUCCCGACACCCUGUUGCCUGUGCUGGACACCACCUGCCCCGGACACCUUUGCGCGUGGGCCCGCAUUGCAGGCGCUCAGCGGGCCGUCACCGGCCGGCCACCCUGGGCCUCAGACGGCUCCUUCUGCCCGGAGACCCUCCGGCGAGCGAUGUCGUCGCUGGACGACACAGUCCGACUGGCAGCUCUUAACAUCGUCUGCUGCAGUCCGAAGACGAGAGAGGCUCCAUCGCAGGUGGAGUAUUCCGCCAUGAGGGCCUUCCUGCCUUUAAACCUGAACAGUGAGUCCUCCACCUUUCGCCAGCACCUACAGGCAGGGGUCAGGAAGUUCCUGGUGCGCAUUCGAGACAGCUGUAUGGCGAGCCUCAAAGCCCAAAAAGGUAAACGAGGGCCAAGCGAGGAAGAGGAACAUAUCCUUGAUCAAGGAGUAGAGUUCGUAGACUGGCUGGCUCGGCUGGCUCUGGGCUCUUGCGCUCCUGGGAACAACUUCCAGAGGAAGAAGACAGCCCUGCUUUUGCUGGCUGCUGUUCUGGAGACCUGCUCGGACUCCUGGAGCCCCGGCCGGAGGAAGGGGCAGCCGCCGGCUAACAUGGCUGUCCUGAUAAACUGGGCAAAAGAGAGGGGAAAGUGGGAGCUUUUCUCUAGGUCAAGACAGCUGGUCCUGAUUGGCUGUUUGGAGGACACGACCAAUGAGAUCCGUGAGCAGGCGGCUGAGCUGCUGGCCAGGUUUUGCCCCCUGCCCCUCGAGGCUGACGUAACUGCCGCUCUCCUCAGCCGGGCUGAGUGGCUCCUUCACAGCCCACGUGUGCCCGAGGCCCAGAUGGGGGCAUUGAUGACCAAACUGCUGCUACUGAAAUGUGCAUCUCUGGAAGGUUUGGUGGGCGGAGCUCCGAAGCAGGGCCAUGCGCAGUCGGCCAUGCUCGUCAGACACUUGCUGGAGAUGCUGAGGCAGCACUACCUUGCUGCCAGACAGGACAUGGUGCUCGCCUCUCGGACCGCACCGCUGCAUGGUGUGGUGAGUGCUCUACAGAGGCUUCUGCUGGAGGUUCCUGGUGCUCUCUCAGAAGCUCUGGACCAUAGUGUAGUAGCAGAAAUCCUGACCCUGCUGGAGAAGAUCACGCAGCUUCUACUGGGGUUGCUCUCUGGAGACCAGCAUACUGAGGAGAAAGAUGUGCCCCCUUCAUUCUGUGACAUGGGGAAUGCCAUCAGCUCUCUGAUUGGCCGGGCGCUGCUGGACGAGGAGGGGGUUGAGAAUGUGCUGUUGUCUGAAGAGCACAGUCUGGUGCUGACCUGCUGCUGGGUCUCUCUGAAGGAAAUAGGAAUCUUUCUUGGCUCUGUGGUGGAGAGAAUUCUCUCAGUGACCUGUACAAACACUUUGCUCACUGUGGAAGAAUUGCAGAGGGCAUCAAAAGUAUUUAAGGACAUCAUUCUGAAAUGUAGACACUGGGGGGCAGUAGAGGGCUGCUGUAUUGGAUUCACCAAGUUCUGUGGUGCUCUCCUAGCCAGCUCUGAUCCAGAGCUUAAGGUGAUCCCUGGCCACAUAUUACAGCAGGGUCUCGCUGUCCUGCGCUCGCCCUGCGGUACCUCUGUGACGAGGCGGGGAGCGGGGCUACCCGUGCUCAUUCUGUCCGUGCUGGCUGCAGAGGGAUCCAGCUGCCGUCGCCCCCUGCUGGCCCUCAGUAUGAACAUGCUGCUGGAGACGGCCAGGAGCACGCUGCCCCAGGCCUGGGACCAAACCCUCGAUCUGCCACAGGUCUGUGCAGUUCACACACUGCAGGCUCUGGUCAAGGGAUCCAGCCUGGGUCUGUCUGUCCUUCAGUACGCUCCUGCUGUGGCCAUGCUGUCGCUCACGCUCCUCAGCUCCCCCUGCUGGGCCAUGAGAAACGCUGCACUUCAACUCUACAGCUCGCUCUGCUCCAAGAUGCUGGGUCAGCGGCCCGCUGGUGAGGAUGUCUCCGCCCAGUACGGUAUGGGGCCGCCUGCUUUCUUCCACCGCUACCCCGACCUGCAGCCUUUCCUGCAGGGGGCGCUGGAGUGCGCCGCCGCCAAGCUGCGGGAGGCCAGGCUGAGCCUCCAGCCCUCGCUCUACCCAAUCCUGACCCUGCUGGCCAAACUGCAGCCUGGCCACCACGAGCAGGCACGCACGCUCUCGGGCUUCUUGCCACCGUUGCUCCAGCUUGCCGCUAGCCCAAUCUAUGGAGUCCGAGUGAUGUCAUCUAGAGCCCUGGUUGCUAUGAUACCACCCCCAGAGUAUCUGGCAAGCGUGCUGCGAUUGGUUGAAGAGCUGCCCGAGUCACCAGGCAAGCCGUGCUGUCACAACGGCGUCCACGGCCGACUCCUGCAGAUGGAGGCCAUCCUGGGCAGAGCUCUGCGCACUGGCAGCCUCUGCCGGACCUCUCUCCAUGGCGUGGUACAGGGACUGGAAGCCAGGCUAUGGCUGGUGUCCCCGGCUCAGCGCUGCCCCCUGGUGAAGCAGUCGUACGUGGCCAUGCUGGACCUGCUGAGGGAGGGCUGCUCCGGGCCCUUCCUCUCCCGCCUGGGCUCUCUGCUGAUGGAGGAGAUACGCCGAGCUUCACACCCACUGGAGGUCGGCUCCGCCUCCUUUCACCAUACCGCAGUGCGCUUUCUGUGUGAAGACCCUGAGACAGCCAGGCAGGUGUGGCAGAACCUGUCCGGCGGGAGCAUGGUCACACGACUCUCAUUGGUCAAGUGGGUGAAAGAGGGCCGGGCCUGGAGAGGAACCGGCCUGCAGAGGGUGGUGGAGAGAGAACUCCAGGCCAACCUGAAGGAGGCGCUAUUGCACCGCGAUGUGGAGUUCAAGGAGGCGUACUUGACCGCACUGACGGAAGUCAUGACCCCUGACGGGUUGGGGCGAACCCAGCCUCGGCCUCCGCUCUCCGGGCUUGAGGAGGCUGCACUGCAGGGGUGUCUGGAAGUCCUCCUGCGGGGACUUGGAGGGCAGUAGGGGAGGUCCACAGCUUCCUCUCCCAGGCUCUCAAUGCUGCCAGCCUGCUCCAUUUC